AUGAGGCAGGAAGUUACGAUCGGGGGCUUGCUGCUGCUGGCUUCGGUUGCCACAACAUGCGUGUACGAGUCUUCACUUGUGCGUAGUGUCAAGAGCUUCGAGGAGGGUCGAUCUUUAGUGAUUUCGCUGUCCAAACCGCAAGUUUCGACGAGUAACGAUGCCCGAUUGAUUCAGUUUUCGGGUUUGAUCACCACCACAGCGUCGGAUGGUGAUUCCCAAUGGAAAAGGCGCGAUACGGACGAGCUGCAGCUCCGACAAAGUCCGUUUGUGCUGGAUCCGGUAUUCGGCAUUGCCGUGAAGGGCGUGAGACUGCAUCGCCACGUGGAAAUGCUUCAGUGGGUGGAGACGUCGCACACGUCGACGAGUAGCACACCCGAGGACGAGGACCGCCGGUUUGAUGAUGAUCGGGAGCGGAUCUACAUGUACGACUUGCGGUGGAGAGAAGAGGAGAUAGAUAGCAGUGCUUUCAAUGAUAUCAGCUACCGAAAUCCUCCGUUGGAAGCUUGGACGUACAAGUCGCUGGUUGUCAAGGCGAAGGACCUCGUUGUGGGUGAAUUCUCACUGCCCGACGAGCUGGUGGAUCAAAUUGAACGUCGAGAUGGUGUACACUUGGAUACUGCAAGUCGUCGAGUGAUGGCACAUUUACUGGAUCAGCGACAAGGAACGUCAUGGGAAGACGGGAGUGCACUCGUUAAUGUCACGGUUGAGGAUGACAUGUUCUACUUGCGCAACGAGAUGAGAGAGCCUGUUCUUGGGGACAUGCGUGUGUAUUUUGAAGUGACACCCAAUUAUCCCGUGACGGUGUGUGCGAAGCAGAAAGGGAAUGAGUUGAUGCCGUUUAAGACUUCCACUGGAGACUCUCUAUUCCUAUUAGAAGAUGGGAUCAUGACUGCGGAUGAACUGUUUGACAAGAAGACACAUGCAGAGGUGCGGAAGAACCGUUUUUCCGGCUGUUUGCUGCCGUGCUGGGCUUCAUGGGCUUCCUGGUUCUACGCAGACCCCUUAUCGAGCGCUUUGGAUCGCUUGUGGCUGGCAUUCAACAGCACCUACUAG